GUUACAUUACGAAUGUUGGAAAUGUGUUAUCUCAAAGAGUCCAAUUUUGGUAAAAAGGGGACAAAUGAGGUACAAUAUCUAAAGAACCAGGACUAAAAUGUUCUCCUGGGCUGAGAGUACAAUCAAGAAUUUCAGUUUUGCAGGUGAACAUCAUUGCUGGGAUGUUGUUUCAAUAAAUUCUUGGGAACCCACAUAUCUGACAACCUUUCCUGGUCUGCCAACACCACAGCUAUGGUCAAAAAGGCUCAACAGCGCUUGUACUUUUUAUGCGUCUUGGAAAAGAACAAUCUUCCAAGAAAACUGCUGAUGACUUUCUACUGUUCUGCAGUAGAGAGCAUUUUAACAUACCGCCUCUCAGUGUGGUAUGCAGGCUGUUCAGCAGCAGACAAAAAACCACUACAGAGGGUCAUCGGUACAGCACAGAAAAUUAUUGGCUGCCCUCUUCCUUAUUCUAGAGCAAAACAUAUUGUAACAGACUGUUUCCACCGUUUUUCCUAUUAACGUUGCAUAGUAUGUGAGUACAGUGAGAGUGCAGAAUUUAUGGAUCCAAAGACAGCAAAAAUAUAUAAACGCAAAGAAAAUAUACUAGGGCAUGGGUGUCUUUUCAUUACCAUGAAUAGAUUAGGCCACAUUAUAUGUAACAGGUAGUUUGCAUAAUGUAUGUUAACAAAUUUCUUCAACAAAGAAAUACAGAUACAACUAACAACAAAUAAACUUAAGCAAAACCAAACAAGUAAUUAAACUACAUCUUUCUUUUGUUUAAUGGCGGUUGGCAAACCAGCUUUUGGUGCAUGUCUGCCACCUACUGGGAUGGAGUGUGAAGACCAAGGAGGAGGAAGUGGAAAAUACUACCAGACUAAAUAAUCUUAAAAAAAAAUCCUUAUAAACCUUUAUACAUAUGUAUAUUUAAAAACCUUAAAUUCUGUGUAACAAACGUGACUCUCGGAAACCUAAAUAAAAUAGGGUAUAUUUUAGAUUUUUUCUGUGCACUCUGAAAUAAUUCUUUAAUUGUUAGUUGGACUUUCAAUUCUUUAAGAUCUUCAACAAGUUGAGCUCUCUCACUACUACAUCAACGAAAGACAUCUAAUAUAUCUAUUCAAACUAACGCGGCCUUUUUUUUUAGAAGUUCUCUUUGACCGCUAUCGCGAGAUCUGCCACGAGAGUAAAACUCCCUGGAGCGCUCUGAACGCUAUCGCGAGAUCUGCAGCGAGAGUGUAAACAGUCGCCAUUUCUCGAAAGUGAGAAAGAGAGCAGAAAGUGUGGCGAAUACUUCGUGCACAUUUACACAGAAACCUGUCCCGAUAUUUCCUUAAAUACCGGCCGAAACAAACCUUUCUGUCAGCGGCUGUCUUCCCCAGUGGGUGUGUCCUCAGAUGCGAUAUUUCAGCGGCAAUUUGUAAGUGAGUGUGAUAAAGAGAAACUGAGGCCUGGCAGCACAGACACACACUGCACCCUGACUGGACCACAAGAGGGGUAGAACCGCACGAAGAGACCCCUCGAGCGAAAAAUGAUCAUUGAAGACCUCGAAGCCUUGAAGACAUGGCUCUCAAAGACUCUUGAACCAAUAUGUGAUGCCGACCCUUCUGCACUUGCAAAAUAUGUGGUUGCCUUGGUGAAGAAAGACAAAUCGGAGAGGGAGUUGAAAGCACUAUGCAUUGACCAGUUGGAUGUAUUUCUUCAGAAAGAAACACAGGAGUUUGUGGAUAAACUUUUUGAAGCUGUGAACACGAAGAGUUACCUACCUCAACCCGAGCAGUCAACUUCCACAAACAGAACCGAAACUCACCAGCGCGCAGAAAAAGAUGAACCAAAAAGAGAGGAGCCCAAUCGAGAUGAAGACAGAGACAAGAAAUUCUCAAGGAGAACAAACCACAGUCCUCAGUCUGGCUCCAGAUACAUCCGAGACAACAGGAGAGGAGAUGAGCGUAAGAAGGACGACCGCUCCAGGAAGCGAGACUUCGAUCGCAACCCGCCCAGAAGGGACUCGUACAGAGACCGCUACAACCGCAGGAGAGAUCGCAGCCGCAGUUUCAGCCGCAGCCGCAGUCGCAGCUGGAGCAAAGAACACCCUCGUGACAGAGACCGCAGCCGAUCGCGAUCUCACUCACGGAGUCGCACCAGAAGCAGAGAGCGAGAUUCUGCCAAGUCAAAAUAUGACCACAGUCGUCCAGAGCGUCAGGAGGGUGCAGGCACUGAUGGCUACAACGCAACGCCCGUUACGCCCGGGAACUCCUCGACUCACUUUCCUGUGCCCACCCUUAGCAGCACCAUCACGGUUAUUGCCCCCACCCACCACGGUAACAACACCACCGAGAGCUGGUCGGAGUUUCCGCCGGACCACGCGCUGUUCAACAGAGGUGGCCCACCGCGAAAGCGCUGCCGUGACUAUGAUGAAAAAGGGUUCUGCAUGCGAGGAGACAUGUGUCCUUUUGACCACGGAAGUGAUCCAGUUGUUGUGGAGGACGUUAAUCUCCCCAACAUACUUCCCUUUCAACCACCGCCACUCCCCGUGGUGGACGGCCCACCUCCACCUGGCCUGCCCCCCCCUCCGUCACUCCUGAACCCACCAGUGAACCUCAGGCCACCCGUGCCUCCGCCUGGCUCCAUGCCCCCUAGCUUACCACCUGUCGCUGGUCCUCCUCCUCCUCUUCCACCCCUGAAGCCGUCUGGUAUGGACGCUCCUCCAAACUCCAUCACCAGCUCUGUGCCCACUAUAGUCACGUCAGGUGUUCGGCCUCUGCCUCCUCUACCCCUCUACACCUCAGACUCGUUUGAGCCGGAUGUGUAUAACCCUGAGGCCCCCAGCAUGACCUCACGGCCCAUGUACAGACACCGGGUCAACGCUCAGCGGCCCAAUCUGAUUGGCCUAACCAUGGGGGAAGUGGAUCUGCCCCCUAGAGAGAAAAUGUCAAACAACAACAGCGGGCGGAUCGUUUUAGAAGCAGACUCCAGGAAAAGAAGUGCAGGAUUGCACGAUGGAGCGAUCCCACCGAAGAGACCCUGGUUUGACAGUUGGAGUCAUCUGCUCCACAGGCCAAACUUCAAGCCCAACCAUCACGGAUUUCACAGAAAAGUUCCCUUCUCACCGAAUACUAAACUGGCCAUCAAACAGAUUCCUCCGGAACUCAACAACAUCAGCAAACUCAACGAGCACUUCAGCAAGUUUGGCACCAUCGUCAACCUCCAGGUGGUGUAUAAUAAUGACCCAGAGGGUGCUCUGAUCCAGUUUGCGUCCCCUGAGGAGGCCAGAUGGGCCAUACAGAGCACAGAGGCUGUGCUGAAUAACCGCUUCAUCAAAGUGUACAGGCACAGAGAGGACUCACCGGAGCACGCACACGCCACACCACCUGUGAGAAAUGUACAGGAGCCUUUAGUAAACACAGUGAAACAGUCCGUCAAAGACCGGCUCGGACCCCUGCCCAUGGCCCACGCUAAUCCCGAACAGGACCCCAGUGUCGUUCCACAGAAUGCAACUAAGUCUUCAGUGAAAGAGCGUCUGGGCUUCCCCAAACCAGCAGGAGGAAAGGUGUUUUCCACAUCUACUGGCCUGACUAAAACGGUUUAUAAUCCAGCAGCGCUCAAAGCUGGCCAGAAGGGGGCGCCGUUUGUUCACACUGUCAGUUCAGAAGACGCCUUAAAGAGAAAACAGGAGGCGCUAAAGCUUCAGCAGGAUGUCAGAAAGAAGAAGCAGGAGAUCUUGGAGCAGCACAUAAGGACUCAGAAGUUGUUGAUAUCCAAGCUGGAGAAGAACAAAACCAUGAAGGCUGAAGAUAAAAGUCUGAUCAUGCAGACGCUCUCCACCCUCACCAACAGCAUCACCAAACUCCAGGAGGAGAUCAAAUCCCUGUCCAGUGCCAGCGUGCUCAAGACGGCAGUCAAGAGUAAAGCCCAGGCUCAGAAGGAGCUUCUGGACACAGAGUUGGACCUUUAUAAGAAAAUGCAGGCGGGAGAAGACACGUCCCAACUGAAGAUUAAAUACACUCAACUACAAUUAGAGGCUGCCAAAUGAGGCCUUCUAACUCCUGGACGUGGGAGGGGGGCUCACGGCAGGGGUCGGGGGGCCCUGAGGAGCCGGGGCAGAGGCCUUCGCGGGCGCGGGAGAGGAGUUCACGCUGUGGUGGACCAUCGACCCAGAGCAUUAGAGAUCAGCGGCUUUACCGAGGCGGAUCGAGUCGACCUGCUGCCGCACUUUGCACAAUUUGGAGAGAUUGAGGAUUUCCAGAUGGAGGAUUCGUCUCUUAGUGCCAUCAUUACAUUUAAAAGUCGUGCAGAGGCAGAACAGGCGGCGAUCCACGGCAUCCGGUUGAAUAGUAAGGGCCUGCGCUUGGCCUGGCACAAACCUGCGGCCUCCCUCAACACAACAGACCCAGAUGAGACUGAACCAGAUGACGAGGAGUUUGCUGAGGACUCGCUCGUCGACGAUUCGCUGCUGCAGGACGAUGACGAGGAAGAGGACGAUAAUGAGUCACGCUCAUGGCGCAGAUGAAAACACCCGUCCGCGUCCCGCUGCCCGAGCACGUCCCAUCGCGUGUUUUGUUUCAGAAAUUAUAGUUUUUAAAAGUUUAAUUUACAUUUCAUUUUUAUUUGUCUUAUUAAACCUGAGCAGUAAAACUCAUGUCAGAAGGCUGUGAAGAUAUAAAAGAAGAUUUGCUUUUUGUUCAGUGAUUUUGCAUUGUGUCAAGACCCAAAAUGUUUGCUUUUGCCGGCUGCAUAUUUUUAUUGGUCAAAUAUGUUGACGCAUAUUUCUUUUCAGUAAUUCUUACUGUUCGGUUAAAAAAAGCUUAAUGUUUCACUUUCAAACGAAAACUGCUGAACAUUUUUGUUGAACACAUGUUUAUGCUUUUCCUAGUAUAAUCAGCCUGAUGAGGAAUUCGCUUUUGUGUACAUAUUUUAUGUAUGAAUUUUAAUGGUUUGUAUGACUACUUUGCUUCUGGGUUUCUUUAUGAGAUGUAAAAAAAAUAAAGAAGUGAAAUGGUCUAGAAAAGAUAUCAGCUGAAACAAAAAAGAAAAAAAUGACAGCUUUGCUGCAUGAGCACUGCUAUGAGAAAAAAACAACAACAGCUGAAUAAAGACCGUUUCAUCCCCCCCACCCCCCAAUCCUCACAAAAAGAGCAAAUUUCCAAAACAUUCCUUGUGUAUCACGGUAUCAGCAGGUAAGCAUGUUGCACAGACGGCACAAACGGAGGUAAGCAAGUGUUUUUUUUUUUAUUCCCCCAUUUUUAUUUGUCGACUAAUCUAAACUUGUUCAUUUUGUCCAUUAGGUCAUGUCGGACUGAUCCCGGAUGAAGCUUGAACUGCAUCGGAUCGCCGCUGGGUACCAACCCAAACCGGCGUGGCCUCGUCGUGUAGACAACUGCCCUCAGCCGAACCACAAAUCCCAGACUCCCCAGCAACACGGCAAAAUUAGCUCCAUAAAUCAGUCAGGCUUCUGGGAAUAGGCCCCUUGUUGCCGGGGGCAAUGGAUCAUCCUAGAUACUGAUGUCAUGGGUGCAUGAAUCUCUGUGCCAUACGACCGAAGACCGCCAGCACAUCCAGUCAUCGCUUAGGUUAAAAAUACUCAAAAGAACUGGAUGUGAGACAUGCAUUUGCUGAAUAUUUCCAUUUGUGUAAAUGUAUGGGCCUGCAUAUGUAAACGCAGAGCCUUGAUUUUAUUGGUUACAUGUAUGCUUUGUUUGUUUUGGCUGGUAUAUGUUAUAGGUUUCGUUUAUUCCUUAGAAGCAGAUUCUCAGAUCAUUAAACUCAUUACUUUCUAAUGCACACUGACACAUUUCAUUGUAUAUUUUCAGUACAUUUGAAUUCAUUUGAAUUUCAAGUUACAUUUGAAUUCAUUUGAAGUAUCAAUGUUAUGUGCACAUUUUGUUGUGCAUUUCAGUUGCCUUUAUACACACAUAAUAAUUACGAAGUGAAAAUUCUUGUCGUUUAUUCGCCCUCUUGUCAUUUCAAACCUGUGGUUUUCUUUCCUCUGCAGAACACAAAAGAGGAGAUUUUGGUAACCGAACAACGGCCAUACAUUGACUUGCAUUGGUUUGUGUCCAUACAAAAGAAGUGAAUGGGAACCACCGUUGUUCAUGUACCAACAUUCUUCAAAAUAUCUGUUGUGUCCUGCGGAAGAAACAGUCAUACAGGUUUGAAAUGACAAGAAUGACAGAAUUUUCAGGUGAAUUAUCCCUUUAAUCAAGUUUGUUUUGAUAGACAGUAGUGUUGAAAAGUUUUGCGUCACUUGUCUGAAAUGUAACAAUAUUAACAAUCUCUUAAAUCUCGGAUGUUUAAAUGAUUUUUUAGACAUUAAUAUCAUUGUGCCAACAAAAGUUCUGUCAUAAUUAUAAAACAUUUUUUGAAACUGAGGACUGAAUAAUGAAAAAAAGACUCCUUUAGUACUGUGAAGCAUCUUGAGAUCUCAAGACGUUGGCUGAUAAUAUGGCAAGAGUGUAGUCACUUUGAAGAUUUUUAGCAACACAUUUUUUGUUAUUUUACUUUGUUUUAUUUAUUUUUAUGGAUGUGUAACUGUAUGCGACGAAUAAAAAACCUCGAAUCUUU